AUGUGAAACGUGUGUGUAUGCGUGCGUUGAACAGGCUGAAGCUGAGCCGGGAUGUUAUGCUAAAGUAAUCUCAAACCAUUUUUACCGAAUGUAUAGUUAGCAGUAGACCUUCGCAAACACAUAGGGUAUAAAAACAACCAAUAAUGACUUUGCCUGAGGUCCUCACGUUGGUUUUGUUCUCCUGGCUGUUGGUUAUUCAGCCGUUGCAAACGUUAGCAUGGGAUGCAGACUUGGAGCUUUUCGACCUAGUGGAGGAAAUCCCGCAAAACUUCUACGAAUUCCUGUCUGUGAAUCACGAUGCAUCUUCGUCUGAGAUCAGGAAGGCAUAUAGAAAGCUCUCUCUUACAUUACAUCCAGAUAAAAACAAAGAUGCAAAUGCAGAAACCCAGUUCCGACAGUUAGUUGCCAUCUAUGAGGUUCUUAAGGAUGAGGAAAGAAGACAAAGAUAUGAUGACAUCCUGGUUAAUGGGCUGCCAGAUUGGAGACAGCCUGUCUUCUACUAUCGACGUGUUAGGAAGAUGAGUAAUGGAGAGCUGGGCUUCCUCCUCUUCCUCAUUCUGACAGUGGGCCACUAUGCAGUUAUAUGGUCUAUCUACCUUGAGAAGCAAUUGGAUGAACUUCUGAGUAAGAAGAAGAAAGAGAAGAAGAAAAAACAAAGCAGUAAGAUAACAGAGGAGAUUAAAUCUUUGGCACAGGAAAAAAAUGAAAGAUCUGACAAGCCACACUGGCAUGACAUUUUGCCUCUCAAAUUAAGCAUCUGGUUAUACUAUUCAGUGAAGUCUCUCCCUCAUAUUAUACAGGAUGUAAAGCAGUAUUACAAAGAUUAUAAAGAAAUGAAAGUAAAAGAAAAGGAGGAGGCAGAAGCUCUGGCAGAGGAGGAAAUGCAGCAGAAAGAAAAACGGCCCAAGGUGAAGAAACCUAAAGUGGAGUUUCCAACCUAUGAACCAAACACCGAUCCUGCUUUUGUGCCUGCAUAUGAUCAGGGAACAUCUAUUGAAGAUAUUGAAGAUCAAAUGGAAGCCUGGUUAGAAGACAAAAAACACCAGAAAAAGAAAGCGCAUGAGUGGACAGAGGAGGAUUUUAGCCUGCUGUCUCGCUGCAUGGCCAAGUUUCCUGGUGGAACACCGGGACGGUGGGAGAAAAUUGCUCAUGAAAUAGGCAGAUCAGUGACUGAGGUCACAACAAAAGUGAAGCAAGUCAAAGGCUGUGUCACUAAUACAUCAGGGUUGGUGAAGCUUUCGGAGCUGAAGGGUGGUGCUAUGAUAGGAAAGAGUUCCAGAGCAGUCACAGUGCCAGACAAUCUGAUGACCCAGCGAGAAGAGCCCUUAGAGCAGCAGCUGGAUGAUUUGGGAGAAAAUGUUGGGGGAGAGGAAUCUGAAAGCAAAACCCUGAGAAGGCGACCAAGAAAGUCUGCUGCCGGGAAUGCUGGAGCAGUGGAGGAGAGAGUGAAAGGGCGUAGACAGAUGGACUUUGACCCCACAGCUGUGGAUGAAGACAGUGAAGAUGAGAAAAAAGGUCCUAAAGAAAAACCCAGUGCUGCUGCAGAUGAUUUAUGGACGCAGAACCAUCAGAGGCUCUUGGAGCUGGCCUUACAGCAAUACCCACGUGGCACCACUGAACGCUGGGACAGGAUUGCUAAGGUGGUGCCUGGAAAGACCAAGGAGGAGUGCAUGUCCCGUUACAAACUGUUGGCAGAGCUAAUUCAGAAAAAGAAACAAGCCAAGAGUUGACUUCUUGUCUUCAAUAAUUCACCAUACCUCUCACCUGCUUGAAAUGUGCCUUAAUACAACAGAAAGUCCUGAUGUGAGACACAAUGUGCCAUAUUCAGCAAAGCCUCAAACUUCAGCUCUACUCAUUGGAGAGAUUCAUGCUUGAGAAUUAUAUUAUAACCUGCCCAUUUAAAGAUAAAACAUUUUUAUUUAUUUUAGAAUCUUUUUCAGGUUGUGCACUCUUUUUUCUCUAUGCAACCAGACAGUUUGAGCAAAGAGUCACAUUUUAAUGUUUGUUUUUUCUUUCCUAUUUUGACUUCUUGGAACACUGUUUUUCAGAGGAACUGUGUGCUGUCCUGGAAUAUUUUUGAUCAUGAUACAAGAUAAAGUAUUUUGCAUACAACGUUUAAAGUGUCAUGGUGUCUCAUGUGGUCAUUAUUAUGCUUCAGCGCAUUGGCUCACGUAUUUUGAAGAACAAGCAUGUUCCCUUCAGCUGCAGUGAAUGCACAUUGCAUACACCGAUCAACCACAACAUUAAAACCACCUGCCUAAAAUUGUGUAGGUCCCCAUCGUGCUGCCAAAAUGGCACCAACC